AGGCCCUCAGGAGGCUGUGGACACACCCCCACCCCCCUCACUGACAGAAGACCAGGCCCUCAGGACUCAUGGACACACACCCACUCACUGGCUGGGUUGACACUUCCACUUUGGGGUCCAAACCAAGAACUGAUGUGAGCCAUGAAGGCCCCACCAGCCAUCCUCCAGGAAGACCACUGUGACCUCAAAACUGUCACCCCAUGGGGAGUCCCCAAGUGACUGUCUGGAGCUCCUUAGUACUUAGCCUGGAACUAGGGACUACCUGGCCCCACAUGGUGUCCAUCAAGGCCAGUGCUCCACCACAUCACACGUGCACACACAUGCACACACCGCCUUCUGCUCCACUGACCUUGCAGCUCCCCAGCCUGGGCACUGGGUAAUACUCCACCCUGGCUUUUCCCCUAAUCCCCUCUUCUCCACCCCAAGGAAAGCCACCCCCUGCAGCCCUGUUGUUUCACCCCCACCAGCUUCGGGCAUAGCUGGUGUCACCUGACCCUCCCUGCCCACAGCUUCCUGAGGGCCAGAGACCGAGGCUCCUGAGGCCAAUCUCUGAUGCCACCCCAUAGUCCACUGACUGGUGCGCCUCAACACAGGUGGGAAGGAGGGGCCAGUAGACCGUUCAGCUGCCACCACUCCGCCCCACUCCCUGCAGCCUCAGCAGCAGGUUCUUGACAUGGCCAAGCACUAUGUGUGGGCCCUGACCUGGCUACACUCCUGCCAUGCUGUGCUGGACCCUCUGACAGCAGCAGGCAUGGCUGGGUAAUGGUGCGGAAGAUACUGCCCCAAGAGCCCAUUCCACAGAGCUAGAGACUGGGGCCUGGAGCUCCAGGGAGGAGGGGAGCCACUGAAGAACUCAGAGAUGGGGGUGGGGGGACAACACAGCCCCAAGACCAAAGAUCCUCACCGCCCCCCCACCUCACGAGUCCAGGAGGCCAAGAGCACAGGGCAGGCAGAAGCCGAUGCCACCCGGAUGGGCAGUCCCCACCCUGGGGACUUAUUUAUGGCCUCCGCAGCUACCUCAGAACUAUUUGAGGCAGGAGGAAGAAAAUGAACUAACUUCCUCCAGACCCUCUUCCCUGUGGGCAGCCACCAGCAUCUGAAACCCCAGGAAAGCACUUUCACUUCCCCAGGGAGGUGGGGCGGGGCUGGCUGGUUUAAAGGGCGCCUGCAUGGCUCAGCCUUGCUGUCUGGUCCUGAGAGCUGGAGGUAGAGUGGAUGAGCACCCAGAGCCCAGGGCUGUGAAGCAGGAGGGAGGGGAGUGGGCCAGGAGUAAAGGGGUUGGAGGAUCAGGUCUGUGGACAUAAAUGCCCAGAGAGGAGGGGGGCAGGCUAGGGAGUCCCAGCCCUGUCGGUGGCCCCUGCUUCUCCACUUCAGACGGCAGUUGCCACCUGAGCCAUGGCUACGCUGGCCCCACACCGCGUCCUGGUGCCCAUCCUCCUCAGCCUGGUGGCCUCCCUGGACUGGAAGGCAGCCUCCAUACAGGACCCCUUCGAGGCAUGCAUGGAGGACCCUGACUACCAGGACCUGCUCAAGGUGGUGACCUUGGGGCUCAAUCGCACCCUGAAGCCCCAGAAGGUGAUUGUGGUUGGCGCAGGCAGUGCCGGGCUGGUGGCCUCCAAGGUGCUCAGCGAUGCCGGACACAAGGUCACCAUCCUGGAGGCAGACAACAGGAUUGGGGGUCGAAUCCUCACCUACCGGGAUACAAAGACAGGCUGGAUAGGGGAGCUGGGGGCCAUGCGCAUGCCCAGCUCUCACAGGAUCCUGCACAAGCUCUGUAAGACCCUGGGCCUCAACAUCACCCAGUUCAUGCAGUAUGAUGAAAACACGUGGACCCAGGUGAACGAAGUAAAGCUGCGCAACUACGUGGUGGAGAAGAUGCCGGAGAAGCUGGGCUACGACCUGAGCCGCAGGGAAAGGGGCCACUCGCCAGAGGACAUCUACCAGAUGGCGCUCAACAAGGCCCUCGCGGAUCUCAAGACCCUGGGCUGCAAGCAGGCCAUGAGGAAGUUCAACAGGCAGACGCUCCUGGAAUACCUCCUCCGGGAGGGCAACCUGACCCGGGCGGCCGUGCAGCUCCUGGGGGAUGUGAUGUCCAAGGAGGGCUUCUUCUACCUCAGCUUCCAGGAGGCCCUGCGUGCGCACAGCUGCCUGAGCGACCGGCUCCGGUACAGCCGCAUCUCGGGGGGCUGGGACCUGCUGCCGCGCGCGCUGCUGAGCUCGCUGUCCGGCCCGCUGCUGCUGAACGCGCCGGUGGUGGCCAUCACGCAGAGAGCGCAGGAGGUGCGCGUGCACAUCGCCACCUCCGCUAAGUCGCAGACCCUGAAGGCGCUGACUGCGGACGCGGUGCUGGUGACUGCCAGCGGACCCGCAGUGCAGCGCAUCACCUUCUCGCCGCCGCUGCCGCGCAAGAGGCAGGAGGCGCUGCGGGGGCUGCACUACGUGGCGGCCAGCAAGGUCUUCCUUAGCUUCCGCCGGCCCUUCUGGAGCGAGGAACACAUCGAGGGCGGCCACUCCAACACCGACCGCCCGUCGCGCCUUAUUUUUUACCCGCCGCCCGGCGAGGGCGCGCUGCUCCUGGCCUCUUACACCUGGUCGGACGCCGCCACCCCGUUCGCAGGCCUGAGCCCGGACCAGGCGCUCCGCCAGGCGCUCCAGGACGUGGCGGCCCUGCACGGGUCCUCAGUGAUCCGCCUGUGGGACGGCACCGGCAUGGUCAAGCGCUGGGCGGAGGACGCGCAUAGUCAGGGCGGCUUCGUGGUGCAGCCACCCAUGCUCUGGGAAGGGGUCGAGGACUUUGACUGGUCGUCCCCCUUCGGCCGCGUCUACUUCGCAGGCGAGCACACCGCCCACCCGCACGGCUGGGUGGAGACGGCCAUCAAGUCAGCACUGCGGGCAGCCAUCAAGAUCAACAACCACUGGGGGCAGAAACAGGCGCAGGAGCAGGCGCAGGGGCUACCUCGGGGGCAGGGUCAGGGGCUGACACAGGGGCCCCCGCAGAGGCAGGUUCAAGUGCCCGCGCAGGAGCAGGCGCAGGCCCAAGGGCAGGCCCAGGCGGAGACCCAGGUGGAGGCAGCUCUCGGGAAGCAGGAGCAGGAGCACGCGGAGGCCGGGCCCGAGGUGCGUGAGCACGCGGAGGCCGGUUCAGAAGAGCAAGAGCAUGUCCAGGAACAGGCCGGCCCCGAAGGGCAGGGGCUCGAGUAAUCGCAAAUCAACCCUGAGGAGCAGGAGGGGGAGGCCAGCCCCGAAGGGCACGGGCACCGGCACCCAGCCCGCCGCUGAUGCACCUGCACAAGUCCAGCCACCACGGCUGCAAAGACCAGGAGGGUGACCGCCACGCGCUUGCGCGGCCCUUCCGGCACAGCACCCAAAGGCCAGCCCCACAUUAA